AUGUCGAGAACCGCUUCGAGUGGUUCUGUCAAGAACAGACCCUCACCUCUUUCCUCCAAAUCCUUUGCGAGAUAUGAACCGCCCUCCCCCGGAAGGACUCGUGCGAGCACGGUGGCUUCUCCAGUUUCGCUCAAGUCACCGAAGAAGGACCAAGGUAGAGAAGAUGUAUUUGAGAAGCAGGAAGAAACAGAGGACGAGGCUUUGAGCCCAGCCAUCGGCAAGACCAAUAGUCUCCCGGAUAAGUUCGAUGAACUGCCUAUCGAGCUCGCCAGCUUGACCGAUCGCUUUGUCGAGUCCUUGAGUGCCAAAAUCUACAAUGAGCCUCCGACCGCCGACCAACUAUCUGAACUGUUCCAAGAGUUCUACAUUCGAGCCUCUGGCAGUGUCUCCACACACAUCGCGACCCUCAUGUCGAGGCUGAAUCGGGAUCUAGCCACGGGAAAGAAGCCUCAACCACUAGCAUCUAAAAAAAGCGCCGACUCACUAGCCCCUCCAAAAGGGGGCGCACAGCAGAUGUUGACUGCAUCUGAAGUGACCGAGAAGAGGAAAGCUAGGCGGUUACUGGAGUACAAGCGCAUUCUGCUCGAAGAGGCCGUGGAACGGCGUGCGUGUGAGAAAGUGUAUGAGAAGAUAUGGCGGCACAAAAGCUCUUUAGACGAGGUACGGGAUGAGAAGCUCCGAUCAAAAACAGCUGCGCUGGCAUUGGUCGGUAUUGGCCUCAGAGAUCUAGGCGUUGAAAUGGACGACAAGAGCACCUGCUCUAUCGAAGACUUGCAAGAGUCCCUAGCCCCGGCCAGAGAAGGUCUGGCCAGAAUGAACGAAGAACAAUAUCCCCUGGGGAAGUUGCAGCACCUCACAACUGCCCAUAAAGCGAUAGUUGAUGCCCUGUCCACCAUAAUGCCAUCCUCGUCCUCCGCCGACGAGAUCCUCCCAACCCUCAUCUACACCCUCAUCUCUUCGCCACUAGAAGGCAUCAACAUCAUCAGCAACCUCAACUUCAUCCAGCGCUUCCGGACCGCAAGCAAGAUCGACGGAGAAGCAGCCUACUGCAUGACCAAUUUGGAGGCCGCCAUCAGCUUUCUCGAGAAUGUCGAUCUGGCGAGCCUUCGGGCCGAUGAGCAACCCGAGGGCCCCAAGAAGACCAGCAGCAGUCAGGCCGGAACACCACAAGAUGAGCUGCCAGAACCCUUUCCCAAGAUGGCAUUGACCAUGCCAUCGCCGACCGACCCUCUGACUUCCACAACCACCUCUUCAGCUACUGGUACUCCUGCUGAUCCAGCUACUUCAAAGCCCUCUGUUACACUCGCCAAAGCACUCCCACCGCCACGACAUCAAAGAACCCUGUCUGACCUGUUGCAACCGAUCUCUAAUGCUCCGACUGCGGUGCGCUCUACUGCUGAAGAGUCCAUCAAAACCAUUUCAUCCACUCUCGACAAUAGCUUCAAAGUUCUGUUUGGCAAGCUACGUGAGCGCUCUGUCGAUUCUCCUACGGCCGAAGUGAUCGUACCAAAGACUUUGGACGAAGCCCGGGAACUCGUUUCCAGGCCUUUGACUCCGACCGAGGACGACACAGCGAUCAGUGAAACCAGCUCCAUUGCAGGCGAUAGUAUCUCCGGCGCCUCGAAUGCAAAGCUCAGUUCCACAGAAGAAAAGGUGCUGGGGCUUUUUGGCGGUCGCCGCCGUGGUGCUUCCAUCAUCCGAGACCGCUCUGCCGAUAGCCAGCGUAGCAAUGCCAGCAGCAACACACCCUCCCUCUCGAAUAGCGCAAACAGGAAGGUCGCUUUUGCAGCUACCGGCUCCUCCACCGAACUACCCACUACCGGAGGCGCCGCCACGCCGCAGGACAAGAGCAAGAGCUCGGCCAACCAGACCCCCGUUGCCGCAACCAACAACAAUACCAAUCCGCUCGACUCCGUCAAGAAUUUCGGAUCCAGCAUCAACCCUUUAAAUAAUAUCUCCUCAGCCUUCGGCGGCGCAUUCCGGAGCUUCGGCCGCCAGAACACUCCGCCUCCUGGCAGCCUGCCCUCGCCGCGUAGCACCCAGCUAGCGCGCACCACCAGCAGCGAGAAAUCCCUGCCGCCACCCGAUCCGUCCGCCGAAGAAGCCAGUCUCCGCGCCCCCACGCUGGACGAGACGGCACAGAUCCGCGCGGAGCCGCCCCGGCAGAAAUUCAUGGCGCUCGAGGACGCGGCGGAACUGCGCGUUGGGGAGAUUCAGGAAUUGCUGCGCGACUAUCAGCGUUUGGGCCGCGUGCUGGAGAACUUGAGGAUUAUUGGCGAAGAAGAGCAGGAGGCGGCGGUGGCGGCGGCGGCGGCGAGUGGUGACGGCGGUGGCAGUACUGGGACCGGCAGCGGCACCGAGGCUAAUAGCUGA